AUGGUACCUGGUCUAGGUGCGGCCAAUUUUUCUGACGAGAUACCCGAUUCUCGACCGGCAACAACGUUGAUGGCUGUUAAGCUUAAAUCGCUUCAAAAGGAUUUCAUUUCGUCCUUCUCCGCUGAUAUUGCGUUUAGUAAACUAGAAACAUAUACACAAACACAUAAUCAAUCAGUGAGAAAUUAUUAUACAAAGAUGAUGAAAUUAUGUAAAGAAGCGGAUCAGACUAUGAGUGGUACAACGAAAUUCAAAACAACACCAAUGUAUUUUUCACAAUCAUAUUCAAUUCAUGUAUGGGAUGUAUUAACAAUGAAACCAGCAUUAUUUUGUGCUCUACCUGGUAAAACAGUUGAAAUCUAUAAAGAAGUAUUAACAGGUUUAAAUAGUCAUGCAAGCAAUGUUGGUAUCAUAUUGAAUCCACAAACAAUUCUAAUUGAUUUUGAAUUAACUGCUUAUAAUGCAUUUUCUUAUAUAUAUCCAAAUGCAGUUGUUAAGGGUUGCUAUGCUAU